AUGGUUGACGGUGAUUAUUGUUUUACAUACAUCGACAUAGGAGCUAAUGGCCGAGCUAGUGAUAGUGCAAUAUUUCGAAACAGUACCUUAAAUAUCGCAUUGGAAAAUAAUACCUUAGGUAUGCCCGAAAACUGUGUUAUUAUUUGCGAUGAUGCAUUUCCAUUAAGAACAAACUUAUUAAAACCAUAUAGUAAAACUCGACUUAAUAAUUAUGAAAUGAUUUUUAACUAUCGUCUUUCACGUGCUAGAAGGGUGGUGGAGAACGCAUUUGGCAUUCUGGUGUGGCGAUUCCGAAUAUUUUCUAAACCAAUUGAUCUACAGCCAAAAACAAUAGAUAAAUUAAUAUAUGCAGCUUGUAGUCUACACAACUGGCUACGUAAAACUACUCCAAAUAGCUAUAUACCUCCACAAGCAGUUGACCAAGAGGAUUUUAACAACGGCAAUAUUAUUCCUGGGGAAUGGAGAGAACACGUGAAUAAUCUAGAAACUGUCAAUAGAAUGGGCAGCAACAACUAUAAACGAGCUGCAGAAGAUGUUAGGAGUUCAUUGUCAAAAUAUUUUAUAGAGGAAAAUCCUUUACCGUGGCAAUGGGAGAAAGUUGGCAUAACUAUAUAA